AAAGUAAUAUUAAAUAUAUUCUAACAACAGCUUAUCAAGCUUAAACGUGCUGCUGUUGUUCAGCCGCUGGUUUUACUCUUUCUGGCGCAAAGUGGGCCAAAAACAAAGAAGAGAGACGGACUCGUGACAGAAAAGCCGAUCAGCUGAUCAUUAAGCAGUUUCACAAUUGAAGUAGCAGCAGGAGAGCGAGAGGCAGUCGCUCCAUAUAUCGGUUGUUAAGCUUAACAUGGGAACGCUUUACAAACAUUCAGAGAUGAACUUACACACUUGCUUUACUUCUCUCCGAGAUAACUUCGGCGGAGAUGAAAUGGUCUGGGUCUAGGUUUAAAAGCUUGUCUAUACGAAUGUCUGGGAUGAUGGUAUUGAAGGCCGAGCUGAAUUCAAUAAAGAGCAUCCUUACUGAUUUCCCAGGAUACUCCAGGUGAUGCAGAGGAGAGUGAAGGGCGGUGCAAAUUGCAUCCUCUGUGGACUUUUUUGCCUUGUAGGGUGGGAGGCAGUCCUUUAUGUGCCUUAGGAGCAGCUUCUCGAAGCACUGUGCAAUCACUGGAGUCAGUGCGAUGGGUCUGUAGUCGCUGAGGCUACUGAUGGUGGUUAUUUAUGGUCUGCUCUUGCUCUGCUGUACAUGUCCUGGUCCCCAGAUUUGUGUGUUGAGUUGCAUGCCUUUAACAAUGCCUGAACCUUACUCGUCAUCCAGGGUUUACGUUUGGGGUAGAGCCGGACAGGCUUUUCCGUGGAGACAGUGUCCAUGCAGUGCUUGAUGUAACCUGCGGUUGUGUGAGUCUCUAGUUCAUCAUGUUAAAAGACACUCCACUCUGUGAGGGUACUUGAAAGGGUUCUGAAAGCGUGAGGAAACACAUUCCUGUAAACCAAGAGAAGACACAAGUACACGUGUUUCUUUCGGGAAUGUUCCUCCUCAUAUACAGGGCGAACAUUUGUACUGUUUUAAAAGACCUUAAAGUCUCCUCUUAUUUUUCUUAAAGCACACAAACUACAGAGUUGUGCAGUGAGUCAACGUGUUAUUAAACAACAUAUCAUGUGACCCAGAUGUUGACCCGGAGAUAAUGGAGGAGUCAACUUGAUGGAGGUUUUGUGACUUUGUGGUGUUUUCCUCCUGCAGGCUGUCCUGUCGUCUCACUCCUCCCCUGUUUGAUCCACAUGGACUCGGCCAUCUCCCACCACAACAAGCUGCAGACUGCUCACACCUCUCAGGACAACGACCCCAAACACACAGCCAAAGUCAUUAGGAACUAUCUUCAGUGUAAAGAAGAACAAGAAGUACUGGAAGUGAUGGUACGGCCCCCACAGAGCUCUGAUCUUAACAUCAUCGAAUGUGUCUGGGAUUACAUGAAGAGACAGAAGGGGUUGAGGAAGCCUGUAUCCACAGAAAAUCUGUGGUUAGUUCUCCAAGAUCUUUGGAACAACCGACCAGCUGAGUUCCUUCAAAAUGCGACUUUAAGGACCCGCUGCCUUAAUCUUCUGGGCUUCCAGCAGUUUAUGGAAGACAGUGAAAUGACCUCUGACCUGAUGGACGAGGGAAAGGAGCUGAACCGCCAGGAAAGUCAUCUGCUGGGAGAAGAAACAACAGUGAAACGGGAAGUACAAAGAAGCUGCUCAUCACUGGAUAUUCUGCUUAAGAUUGAAGAUUGAACAUCUGCCUCCCAGCAGGUCAGUAAAACCGAGACAGCUCUUCAGAAUCGGCGACAACAUCUCCAGCACCAUCAGACUGAGAACAGGAGCUCCUCGAGGCUGUGUUCUCACCCCGCUGUUGUUCGCUGUCCUGACACUGCACUGCUCUACACAGCUCCAACCACAUCAUCAGGUUCGCUCAUCAGCAACGACGACGAGUCGGCGUACAGAGAUGAGUUUGAGCAGCUGGCGUUCUGGUGCAGCGAGACCACCAACACCACCUCCAUCACCAAAAUAGCCUAGCAGCGCCUCCACUUCCUGAGACGCCUGAAGCGGGCCAGCCUUCCUCUUCCCAUCCUCACCGUGUUCUACAGGAGCACCAUAGAGAGUGUUCUGACCAGCUGCAUCUCCGUGUGGUUCGGCAAUCUCAUCCAGCUACAACGGAUUGUUAAAGCAGCUGCCAAGAUCACUGGAACAUCUCUCUCCCUCACACGCACUCUUUUCUCUCCUCCCGUCUGGCCGACGCUAUCGCAGCAUUGGGGCCCAAUCCUCCAGGCUGCGAAGUAGCUUUUUCCCACAAGCCAUCAGACUCUUGAACUCACUACCGGCUCUCCCACUCCCCCCCACCACCCACACAAACCGUUACCUAACUCUAUUGCACUCCACAUACCACUGCCUUUGUAAUGCAGAUGCUGCUCUAUGGACAAUCCUUACACUCAAGAACUCUGCUCAUGUUUACAAGCUGCUACGCUGGUCACUUUAAAUCACUUCAAGGUCACUUUAAAUCAUUCAAAUUGUAAAUUGUUAUUAAUACAUUUACC